AAAUCGGGAAAAACAAAGUAACAUUUGCGGAAGACGUUACCUUCAGUAUUCAAUUCGCCUUGGUUAUCAACAUAUGAGUCCAAGAAUUCGCCUUGAUAUAUGUCUACUUUUGUUUUUAAUGAGAAUCCUUACGCGAAAUUUGACAGCUGCCAGUUUUUGAUGCUUUUGAGGCAUAAAUCAAUAAAAUUUCCAUGGCAUAUUAAAAACACGAAAUAAAAGGAAGAUAAAAAUAGUUCAGAAAAGGGCUAAUGGUUCACUCAAAAUGAAAUUCCAGUUCCGGAGAAGUUAUAAAUUGACCAAAUACAUGCGGGAGUAAAAUAUAACUUCGAAAUGAAUAUACAACUCACCAGCUUUGAAUUAAGUUCGGAGGCAUUAAUUGGAUCAUUAUUGGCAUUAUGCGCAUUAUUCGUUUUUUGUCGCAGUUUAUUGGUGGAAGACGUUAUUUGCAUACCAGGGAAAACUAAACAUAGCUGGAAGUCUAUCAAAAUCCUGGAAAAGGCUUGUUACUGCAAUUCUUGCGAAGUCCUUCUAACCCCUUCGGCUGGUCUGUUUUGUGAUUGCUGUGGCAUUUGUACCCAUAACGCUAACAUUUGUACCAAAAAAAUAGAUAUCACUAAUCGUUGCAAAGAUAAAUGGCUGCGAAAUGAAAAAUCUAUGCGCCAUCUAUGGGUUCGUGGCAAUUUGCCUUUGGCGGUGAUUUGCGCUGCCUGUAGCGACGAAAUCGAUUACCAUGCUACUGCGGGCCUCUAUGGUUGGAGGUGUGCAUGGUGUCAACGCUGUUACCAUAACAACUGCUACAAACAUAUAGAUACUCGUGCAGAAUGUGAUCUAGGUGAAUUCCGGGACAUGAUUUUUCCACCAUAUUGCAUUGUUGCUGCACGUACGCGUGAGUCGGUAAGAUUGCACUUAGCUGGCAUCAAACCACCAAGCAUUGAAGGAUGGGAGCCUCUAAUAGUUAUUGCCAAUACAAAAUCUGGGAGCAAUACAAGUUCGGAUGUGGUAUCUUUGCUUCGCGGUUUUCUCCAUCCUCUCCAAGUAAUGGAAUUGGGUACUCGGGGACCCCAAGAUGCCAUGCAAUGGGCAGCAAAGGCCAGUCCACGGCCUUGCCGAUUGUUGGUAGCGGGUGGCGACGGAACAGUGGGUUGGGUGCUAAAUACAAUAUACGCACUCAAUAUAAAGCCUAUGCCCUCAGUUGCCAUAAUACCACUGGGUACGGGUAACGAUCUUUCACGUGUGAUGGGUUGGGGACCGGAACCGCCUUCAAUUUUAGAUCCAAUUACAAUACUUAGGAAUAUAAAACAGGCGCGCUCUGUUAAUUUGGAUCGUUUCGAUUUACAAAUUGAGAGACUGCAUUAUCGCCUGCCUAUUCAACGACAUCCGAUCAAAACGAUACAUGUCUAUAACUAUUUUAGCAUUGGAGUGGAUGCGCUGGUCACAUAUAAUUUUCACAAAACUCGUGAAUCUAGAUUUUACGUACUAAGUAGUCGUAUUUUUAAUAAGCUAAUUUAUUUCGGUUUCGGCACGCAACAAAUUGUUCAACGCGAUUGUGAGCGUAUUGAACAGAAAUUGGACAUAUAUUUGGACGGUCACCUUGUAGAUCUGCCUGAAUUGCAAUCGAUUAUCUUCCUUAAUAUUGAUUCAUGGGGAGCUGGCUGUAAACUAUGUGAUCUUAGUAACUCAGAUGCAAAGACGAAGAUAUAUAACUCUAUUUCGGAUGGUAUGAUGGAGGUUUUUGGACUUGUGUCUUCUUUUCACAUGGCACAAUUACAGUGCGGCAUUAGCAAACCGGUGCGCAUUGGCCAAGCCAAGCAAAUACGAAUUGUUGUUAGGGCUACCUGUCCCAUGCAAUCUGAUGGCGAGCCUUGGAUGCAAGCUCCGGCCGACAUACGCUUACAGUCACGCAGCCAAGUACGUAUGCUUAGGUUUGAAAGCUAGUACAAGUACUUAAAAAGCCAAAUGGUUACGCAAUUGUGUUGAACUUAUUUAUGUUAGACCUUAUAUAAGGCUUCGACUCAUAAGUGUCAAAUUUACACGAUAUUACAUAUGUAUGUAUCUGUUUAUAGAUAUGCAUAAGUAUGAUAUUAAAGAUUAAUUUCGUGGUAUUAAAUUUUAAAUUAAUAACAAUUCACAUUUCUAAUUCAAAGUAUUUUGUGACUUAUAGCUGUAUUAACAAUAUGAGAAAUAUGCUUAUAUAAAAUAUUUGCAUUUAUAUAUAUAAGUUAAAGGUGUAAAAGUUGUGUAAAGCUAGAACUCCAUACCAUUCCACGACCGUCGUUUCUUUGUAACCGGAUCUGAAUGGGUUGGUGCGUGACCACCAUUCGGAAUUAAGAGAGGUGCGAAUCUCGGUGAAACACCAAAAUUUAGGAAAAUUUUUUCUAAUAGCGGUCGCUUCUUGGCAGGCAAUGGCAAACCCCGUAUUUCUGCCAUUCCUCAUAAAAAAUAUCUGCCGUUCGGAAUUGGCUUAAAACUGUAGAUCCCUCCAUUUGUGGAACAACAUAAAGACGCACACCAAAAAUAGGAUGAAGAGCUCGGCAAACACCCAAGGGUGUACGCGCAAAUUAUAUAUGUAUAUACACAAUGGUUGUUACUUCCGUAUUUGUAUGGAAUAUCAUGCAACAACAACAUGCAAGCGUUCCUGGCUCUUCGUAUUUCAGCGUUUUAUUCAGUUAUAAGAUUUGUCGGCUGAAGUUCUAGUUUAACACUACCGAUUUUGAUUUCUUGUUUGUUAAGUAUUAAUGUUUUAAGUGAAGUUUGUUUAAUGCCCGAUGAAUGGAACCUGAAUUGUGUUAAAACAUGUGAACACUACUGAUUAUGUACAUAAUUGCAACGCUGCUAUAUUCCAAAAAUCCUCCUUAUUUUACUUGAAAGGCAUCAUCAAAACUUCGAGAUUGUAACCGGCCGAGGACUGUCACUUCAGCAGCAUUUCUCGUAUACGCUCGGGGAAUGUUUA